AACGACGGCGGUGGUGACAAGCGCCUGUGUGUAUCAUUGAUUCCCAUAAUUAAAAACUGUCCCCCACCCAUCCUGAACCACGUACUCCAAUUCUGCUCGGAGCGCUCACCUCCAGCCCACCUUUGACGCUGUCCACAGCGACAUCUACUAGGCCAAUUCUUGGCUAGUGUGGAUUUCUAUUGUUGUUUCCAUUGUAGCCGCAGAAGUUGGCUAUCCUUUAAGACUUGCUCGCGCUGCGUUCAUGAUUCACUAGUUAUUUUUCAUUCCUUGUUGUCCAUAACCUGCGACGAACGUCGACGACUACCACAGUACUGCAGACAUGACUACGCCAACGAGCAACACUAGCCAUUGUUUACCCGCCAUACCUUCCCUCCCACCGAUUCAGAUGCCCGGCGACACCGAUAAAAAUACUUACCUUGACCUGGGACAUGAUCCAAUCGCACCUUUGUCCGCAUCGUCCGCAUCCACCCAGCCUUCUUUCUCCUCUACUUCGUCUCCUCUUGUCGUUCCUCGUAGUACUCCCUUUGUCACAGGUUGCUCCUCAUCGCUAUCUUCAACCGACCCUUCACUCCAAUCCUUGCGCAAAUCAGUCUCCGUUGACUCAUUCGUUGGCUACGACAGGGAAACGUCACCGAGAACAAGCGGUCCACGAGCGAAUAGAGGCAACACUUACUCCGCAUUCGAGGAGUCUCGCACACGUAAACCAGACGGUCCACUGUGCCGCGAGUCCGCUCUUUCCCAACCGUUUAUUCACAGUCACGGUGCGAGUGUGAGUGCGAUGUAUCAGAGUCGUGUAUCCGGCAUAGAGCACGAGCGGGAGCCUGAGCUUUUCCAGCGGGUGAAGCGACCGAGUGAAGGCAGACGGGGUUCUGUGAAGGGCAAAGAUCACCUCCGAACAGCCCCUCGUCCAGGCGAUCUCAAUCUCCCUCCACGCAUGCCCGUUCAGGCUCUCGAUGAUACUCGCCGUUUGCAUUCCACAACAUCGCUUACUUCCCUGCCUGUAUGUAAUCCUGCUCUAGCCAACCUUACGUCAGGGCGCGCAAGGAGUGACAGUCUUGGCUUGCCAACCACUUCAGCUAUAGGUAGAAAUCUUUUGAUUGACAUCACACAACCUUCUCUUUUACCGAAAGAAAUAGCCAUCGCAAUAGUCGGUUCAUCUGGUUGUGGCAAGUCCUCUUUCAUCUCUGAGGAUGCUAAAGCACACGGGGCACCGGACAUCGAGGCGUUAUUCGCGUCAUCUAGUGGAACUUAUCCUCCCGCUCCUUUCCGUUAUACACGCCGGGUGAUACACCGGGAUUUCCCCAUGGUAAUCUACGAGUUGGAUAUUGCAAGGGUCUGGCACGGAAACCUUCCGCCCGUCAAUGGAGUUAUCGUGUGUUAUGAUACUGCCGACAAGGCAUCGUUUUCUCCUGUGGAAGAUUUUCUCCGGCGGAUACGACCAUUGAAACUUCCGACCAUAGCGGUCGCCUUGAAGACAGAUCUGAAUGCUGUUGUUGAACCGCGGGAGUCCUCCAAACUAUUGAAAACGUAUGAUAUUGGUUUGGCGCAGGUUGAUCACUUGGGAGAUGCAGAGAGGGCUAGGAUAAAGAAAGUGUUCAAUUGGUUAACGAUAUCUAUCUUGCCAGGUCCUCAUGCUGAUCUACGAAAUCCCGCAUCACCAGAUGCUCUCCAUUCACCGAUUACUUGGGAAGCCCGAGCAUCAACGUCAUCAGCCACCCCCACCGCCUCCUCUUCCGCAGCUUCUACGCGUGGCACGUCCCAAGACCAGGGUAGCUCGUUACUGCACUCGCCCACCUCCACACUCCCAUCAUCUCCUCCGCCAAUCGCUAUUUCUCCCACGCGCGCUCGGUCAACGCCGGAUCUCCUCUCGGCACACGAGAAGUCUAAAUUACGGGAAUCGCCCGAACGAAAGUUAUCGAACGCUCGGAGUAUCGCAAGCUUCAUUGGUUCGUCAAGCGUCAAUUCGUCGUCGAUAAACUCCUUGGUUUCCCGGAGAGAUACAUCCUUGAAUGUUACUGAAAACGGCCAUCUUGAUCGCCCUGUUAGCAAGGAGAAGGAACAUCGUUCAGGUCAAUAUGCAACCCUAGAGGAGUUACUCGAUAAAUUGCUAUUCCUUGCUGUCAGUGGUGAUGAUCCAACAUUUAUCUCGCAUUUCCUUCUUACAUAUCGAAGAUUUGCAAGCCCCCGCAGUAUUUUGUUGGCCAUGCAGAAGCGAAUGCGACAACUUGACAAUUCGACUGGCGAUCCCAUGUUUGCGAGUUACGCACAGAUGAGGAUAUGCCACCUGCUUGAAACCUGGAUCCAAACGUAUCCGCAAGAUUUCGCAGUUCCGGGGGCCCCUGGCGCCUUACAUGCGCUGGUCAGGUCAAUUGUCGGGAAGACAUACCUCCUCCAUUAUGGCUCCGAUUUCCUGCCUUUCCUUUCACAUCUUCCGAACAUCAUAGACACAGAUGCGGCCUGGGCACUGAAAUCCGAAAAUCCCGUAGACGAAAGUGAAGAUCGAUAUAGCAUAUCGGACGGAGAGGAGGAAACGCUGGCUGUUGAGGCCGAAUCACCAUUUAUAAGUCGUUCAUCGGUGGUUCCCUUGAACGAUAACCCCCCUAGCGCAUCGAGUGUUAGAGAGCGCAAGUCAAGCUUGCCGCUCAGUGCGAAGAUAUUCACACCGGUAAAUUCGAGUCACACCCAAGGAGAUGCUUCAGAUAUGUCUCCAAAGGACCUCCUGAAUAAGUUAAGGAGUAAUGCCUCGAUUCUGGCUAACUUUGAUUGCUCCGAGAUUGCGGAGGAGAUCACGCGAGUAGAAGCAAAGUUAUUCAUGGAUAUUGAGCCGCGGCACUGGCUGCAAUAUACCCUCAUUCCUGGACGCAAAGACCCUGAGUUGGACUCAAUAUCUCGAUUCAACGCUAUCUCUAAUCACCUUGCUGAUUGGGUAGUAUCCCUCAUACUCUGUCAUGACAAACCGCGGCAACGCGCAAGGCAGAUAGAGCGAUUCGUGGAUAUUGCGCACGAGCUCCGCGCAUUAAACAAUUACUCAGCACUGCGUGCCUUUGUCGCUGGAAUCAACAACUCCACUUUCCAAGGCGAUGAAACCAUGGAGUUAUUCAAAAACAAGACUCCAGAUCACUACAAGAAUCUGUUGUCUUGGGACGUUCUUCUUCAACAUCGCGGAGCUCAUCAGGCUUAUCGUAUGGCUCUCAAAAACACCAAAGGCGCUUGUAUACCCGCGCUGGAGGUCCAUAUGUCCGACCUGAUCCGUGCCCACGAAGGAAACCCCAAUCUUCAUCCGGAUGAUCCUACAAAAAUUCAUUGGGGCAAAUUUAAUAUGUUUGGUCGGUUUAUUCAAACCACGACCCACUGCCAGAUCCAGUGCCAAACAAAUCCGGAUUACUGCUUACCGGCACGGGAACGAAUAUUGAAGGUCGUAUUUAACGAGUUUGUCAUGUCCGAAGAUAUGCAAACAUCUCGAAUGGCGCCUCUUCCAGACUCGGACCUGGUUGAAGAACCCUUCCGACCCACGCUACCUAGAACAAUGUCACGCGAACAUUCAACAUUCUCCCAGAGAGACGCAGGACUUCUUCGCAAAAUACUGCAAUGGUGAAGACAGUCUUCGGCAUGUAUCAGGAUUUUCCUUUAUGUAUCUGCAGUUGGUUUCUAUUCAUCUGUCCCUCCGAUCAUCAUUUGUUUGAUACCCUGUCCCAUACGUAUCAUAUUUGUUAUUCGGUGUACGAUUUCACGGUCAAAUUACAUCGCUACUUCGCACUCAUCCAUAGGCACAGUAGCAAAUCUUAGCAUCCACUGAACUGAACCAGUCGAACGCUCUGCGCCUAUAAGUACAUAACCUUCUCUAUAGAGAAUCUCAAGCACGUGACAUUUUUGUGAAGC